CGACCCCAACGGCCGUCCGGGGCAAGGAGCGCGAUGAGCGAGGGCGCGGACGACGACGGCGGCGCUGGGGCCGCGGCGCGGUCUCCAGGGGGCAGUCCCGGAGGGGAUGGCUUCGCCCCGUCUGCGCUGGGCACCCGAGAGCAUUGGGAUGCUGUCUAUGAGAGAGAACUGCAAACUUUCCAAGAAUAUGGAGAUACAGGAGAAAUCUGGUUUGGAGAAGAGAGUAUGACUCGACUAAUAAGAUGGAUGCAGAAACACAAGAUUCCAUUGGAUGCUUCAGUGCUUGAUAUUGGAACUGGAAAUGGUGUUUUCCUGGUUGAACUUGCAAAAUUUGGUUUCUCUAAUAUUACUGGAAUUGAUUACUCUCCUUCUGCAAUACAGCUUUCUGGAAAUAUUAUAGAGAAAGAAGGUUUAUCUAACAUUAAGUUGAAGGUAGAAGACUUUUUGAAUCCUUCCACAAAACUGUCUGGAUUUCAUAUUUGUAUUGACAAAGGGACUUUUGAUGCCAUAAGCCUUAAUCCUGACGAUGCAAUUGAAAAGAGGAAGCAAUAUGUGAAAUCUCUCUCCAGGGUGUUGAAAGUGAAAGGCUUUUUUCUAAUAACCUCAUGUAAUUGGACCAAGGAAGAGUUGCUAAAUGAAUUCAGUGAAGGAUUUGAACUUUUUGAAGAGCUGCGGACACCCAGGUUCAGCUUUGGAGGCAGAUCUGGAAACAGUGUAGCAGCACUGGUUUUCCAAAAAAUGUGAGACUUUUCAUUGGACAAAUUCAGUUAGCUUUUUAAAGAAGCUCUGCAUCAAAGUAAACCUGAUACAGAAAAUGCAAGUGCAAAUAAAUGUUUAGUAAGUACACAGGAUGCACAUGUUGAAUAGAUAAAAUGGGUUGGUAAAAAAAAUCAUGAGCAUGGAAGUAGUUCGGUUUUAGAGAUCAACCAAGAAUAAUUUAAAUUUUUCUUUUGUAUUUGAGAUGUAAAUAUUUUUCUUUCUGAUUUAAAAAAAUUUCCUGUAACUGCUGAACAGUUAUAAACUUUAAAGCAGUAAAUGAAUUUACAGAUAGUAUGUAUUCUUGAUUUUUGUGCCUUGGUAAAGGUGAAUUGAAUAUAGCUAUUUAUGAAUAUAUGACCAAGCUAUUCCAGGGCCAGAAAAAUAAGCCAAACGACUUUCUUAAUGUUUUAUUAGACUAUUAUAAAACAUAGUAAGUAUGAUAUUUUGAGUUGAAUAGGUUUUUUAAAAAAAAAUUAUUUAAUACCUGAGAAAAUCCCCUAGCCCUUAUGUGUAUAAUUAAACAAA